CUCUAUAACAAAAACACAUAAUAUUCUGAAGAGAGAGAGUGAGAAUGGAGGAGGGAUUGUUGGUGAAGGAGAGAUUGAGCAGGAGAUGGGGAGAAAUAAGAGAAGAGAUGAAGAGAUUGGGACAUAUAGCAGGGCCUAUGGUGGCUGUGAAUCUAUCUUUCUACUUGCUUCAAGUUAUAUUACUCAUGAUGGUUGGCCAUUUAGGUGAACUCUCCCUCUCCGGCACCGCCAUCGCCCUUUCUCUCGCUGGUGUCACCGGCUUCAGCCUUCUCGUAUUCUCCUCUCUCUCAAAAUCUCAUCUUUUUUAUUUUUGGCACUUUGGGAAUGGCAGUGCUCUAGAGACGAUAAGUGGACAAGCGUUCGGAGCAAAGCAAUACGAGAAAAUAGGAACUCAGACUUACACUGCCAUCGCCUCUCUUAUCCUAGUUUGCAUCCCGGUAUCCCUUCUGUGGGCGAAGGUCGAGUACCUACUCAAACUGGCUGGCCAAGAUCCUCACAUAUCGCACGAAGCAGGAAAAAUGGUAAUGUGGCUCAUUCCCACGCUCUUCGCCUACGCCUUCCUUCAGCCUCUCAUCCGCUACUAUCAAAUGCAAAGCCUGAUCCGUCCCUUGCUAGUGAGUUCGUGCAUCACUCUCUGCUUCCACGUGCCUCUCUGCUGGGCGCUGGUUUAUAAGUCCGGGUUGGACAACGUUGGAGGCGCAGUCGCCAUGGAUCUUUCAAUGUGGUUGAAUGUCUCUAUCCUGAGUUUGUACAUGAAAUACUCCCCUCAUUGCUUGAAAACUCGUUCUUCGAUUUCAAUGGAGAUUGUACGAGGGAUGGGAGUGUUUUUCAAGUUUGCAAUCCCUUCUGCUACCAUGAUUUGUCUUCAAUGGUGGUCGUUUGAGCUAAUGAUCUUGCUUUCCGGGCUAUUUCCACAUCCGCAGCUUGAAGCCUCGGUGCUUUCUGUGUGCUUAAACACCGUUGAAACACUUUAUGCCGUACCCUAUGGUUUGGCUUCUGCAGCAAGCACUCGAAUAUCAAAUCAGCUGGGAGCCGGGAGGCCACAGGGCGCACGUCUAUCUCUCAUUGCUCUAUUGCUCCUUGCAGCAGUGAAUGCAUUCGUCGUGAGCCUUGCCAUCUUCCUAAGUAGGAACGUUUUCGGCUAUGCUUUCAGCAAUGAGAAGGAAGUCGUGGACUACGUGACAAGGAUGGCUCCUCUCGUGUGUUUAUCAAUCGUAGCAGAUUGUGUGCAAGGAGUCCUUUCAGGUGUUGCAAGAGGUUGUGGAUGGCAGCAUAUUGGUGCUUACAUCAAUCUAGCAGCAUUUUAUCUGUUUGGACUACCAAUUGCAGCUGUAUUGGGUUUUUGGCUGGAUUUGAGGGGAAAGGGGCUCUGGAUUGGAGUGGUGUGUGGCUCGACGCUGCAGUGUGUGAUGCUCUCGGUUAUUACUGCUCUCACGGACUGGGAGAAACAGGCAUUAGAGGCAAGGGGGAGGUGUUUUCAUGAGGAGGUUGUGAAUGAUGUUGGUGAUAAUAGGCUAUAGCAUGAAAAAAAAUGAAUUCAAAUAUCCAAUCAAAUGUUGUAGUUGUAAGAUUUAUGGGAUUUUAACAAUUUUGAUUUGGAUGAUUCAUUGAA